GUGAUGAAGGGAGAUUCUGUUACUCUAGACGCUGGUAUUACUGAACUACGGAGAGAUGAAGUGAUAGAGUGGAGUUUUGAACUGCGAGGGUCUCGCACACUCAUUGCAAUCAAUAAAGCAGCAAAUAAGAUCUCAAUAAAUCCUGAUGUUCUUGGUGGGGGAUUUAGAGACAGACUGCAGAUAAAUGAUCAGACUGGAGAUCUCACCAUCACAAACAUCACAACUCAACACGCUGGACUUUAUCAAGUAAACAAAGGGACCUCAUCCAGAUUCUAUAUUAAAGUCUAUGGUGCUGAUGAAGUGAAGUCAAUGUCAGUGAUGGAGGGAGAUUCUCUUACUCUAUACACUGAUAUUAGUCAAAUACAGAGACGUGAUCUGACAGAGUGGAUGUUUGGACCUCGAGAGACUCUUAUUGCUAAAAUCUAUAGAGCAGCAAAUAAGAUCUCAAUCCGUGAUGAUGUUCUAGAUGGGAGAUUUAGAGACAGACUGCAGGUGAAUAAACAGACUGGAGAUCUCACCAUCACAAAUAUCACAACUCAACAAACUGGACUUUAUCAACUGACCAUCAACUUGGUAGAGGCUUCAUUCAGAUUCUAUAUUAAAGUCUAUGCUCCUCUGCCCGUUCCUGUCAUCACCAGUAACUCUUCACAAUGUGCUUCUUCAUCAUCAUCAAGCUCAAAUUGUGUGUUGUUGUGUUCAGUUUUGAAUGUGAGAGAUGUGAGUCUGUCCUGGUACAAAGGAAACAGUUUAUUGUCCAGCAUCAGUGUGUCUGAUCUCAACAUCAGCAGCAUCUCUCUUCAUCUGAAGUGUCUGGAUGAUUCUUACAGCUGUGUGGUAAACAAUCCCAUCAGUAAUCAGACUCAACAUCUCAAUACUGAUUUCUGUCAGACGUGUUUAGGUGAGUCACAGGUGAUGUUUGUG